AUGGGGCAAUUACCUUUUAACGUAAAUGUAACUGGUGGCUCGGUGAUCUGGAACUCAGUGGCGAAGGCCAUGAACAAGCUGAAAGAUGGUUUCAUUUUUAAAAUUGGCAAUGGGGAAACGAGUUUCUGGUUUGAUUUUUGGGUUCUUAAAGAAAGAUUGUGUACGGUUGUGCCUUUUGUUGCAAUUCAAGAUACAGCCGCAAAGAUUAACGAUGUUUGGCAGAAUGAUAUGUGGAAUUUGCGAUCUCUAUAUACGCCUCUACCUAACAACGUUGUUACUGCAAUUACAUCUAUUCGGCCCAGGAUUGUGGAACAUCUGCCUGAUGUCUGGACUUGGAUUAACUCAAGCUCGGGGUUAUACUCAGUUAAGGAUGCUUAUAUUUGGCUAUCAAAUCCAGCGCCGUUAAAUGACCAUGUAAACUGGCAGUGGAUUUGGAAACUUCAGCUCCCGACGAAUAUUCAAUUUUUUACGUGGCAAUUAAUUCAUGGAUCAAUUCCGGUGCGAGCGGUGCUGCAUCACAGACGGGUCUGCAGUACUGAUCUCUGUCCGCGCUGUUCAGUAGCCCCGGAAAGCAUUGAUCACUGUCUUUUUCGAUGUGCAGUUUCAGCUCGUUUAUGGCGUGAGUGCGGUCUGAAUAUUUCUCCCAGAAACUCUCAUGAUGAGGAUAAUUUUUCUUGGUAUAAGAAUCUUGGAAAGAAACACGGGACUUUCUUUUUUAUUGUUCUUUGGGUGGUCUGGUGCGUGAGGAACGAUAUUAUCUUCAACAACCAUAUCGAGAGUAUUCAUACUAGUAUGGCAAAAAUCUUUUCUCUGAAGAAAUCCUGUGAUUCUGUCUUCUCUACUACGAACACGUCACCGAUCACUUCUGUCAAUCCAAGAUUAGUAGCUUGGUCUAGGCCUACGGAAGGAACCAUGUGUCUUAAUGUGGAUGGUAGCUUGCUGGGCACUACAAAUACAGCCGGGUAUGGUGGGCUGUUGUGUAACAAUAAUGGUGACUUUAUUUUGGGUUUUUACGGUGUUGCAACAGUUCAGAGCAUUUUAUUCGCCGAGCUUAUGGCGGUGCUACAUGGCUUACAAAUUUGUUGGGAGAAUGGGUUCAGAAGAAUCAUUUGCUUCUCAGAUUCGCUUCAGGCAGUUAAUUUAAUCCGGGAAGGAGUCUCAGCUCAUCACCGGUUUGCGAAUGAAAUCUUUAGCAUCCGACAACUAGUUGAUAAAGAUUGGGAUGUAGUUCUUGAACAUACGCUCCGAGAAGGUAAUGCUUGUGCGGAUGUGCUGGCCAAGAUGGGUGCUCGCUCUAACUUGCCAUUAGUGAAAAUUACUUCACCUCCUAGUGAACUCUCUAUGCCUCUUCUCGCUGAUGCGCAGGGUGUAGUUUUCAUUCGGGAGUAA